AUGUGUAUAUGUGUUGUUAGAGAAGAGGGAAAGAAGGAUGAUUAUAAACCAUGGUUGUACUUCAUGACUUUCCUUGGGAUUCUCGUCGUGCCAGGGUGAGUGUGGACACCAAUAUUGAAAUUUUUAUAAAGAUAAAUUCGUAGGUAAAUUACUAUUAUUUACCUAUAUUGGUGCGGCGAAAAUCUGGCCAAGACAUUGAAAUAUAUAUUUGAAAAAAAUAUUCGUUAUAAUUUCUUGGUAGAUGAAGGAUCUUUCUUGCCCGAAAUUUCCGUUCCGGGCUCUAAAGUCCAUCGUAAUACGAAGGCUUCAUUAUACGGGGUUUUGUGGUAUAAGGGUUUGACUCUACAUACCUAAAGAGGUGUAUGUGUACCAGAAAACUUUUUGACAAAAAAACUUGUCAGCAAAAAGCAAUUUGUGACACAUUGCCUCUGCACAUGCACAUCUACAAUGUAUGCACCACAGAUCGAUCUUCCAAAUAAUCGUUCCUUUUUCAGACUAACGGCAUUUGCAAUCUUCUCUAUUCACCAAAACUCCGACGACAUCCCUGGCCUUGACGAGAAAGCUCUGGCCAAUAAUUUCCUCAUCAAAUCCGUUAGUAUUCACUACGAAUUCGCUGUUGGCGAAGAAUUCUUAAAAGGCCAUGACGACAUGGCAGACCUUUUGAAACAUUACCGAAGACGGGUCAAUUACUUGGUUGCAAUCGGAUUGAUUCACAAUGUGACCACGUUAGAGGAAGAUGUUACCAACUGGGGAGAGUGCAAUCUUGUUUGUAAACGUACGUAUAAUAACUGGGGCGUUUUGCUUAUUGUUAGAGAAGAUAUAAUUUAUAGCCGUUAGUUACUUAUACAGUUGUUCAAAGGCUAGGCAAAGAACUACGGUAGUCUGUAAUAGCUCGAUGAUUUAUAUAGCUUAUUACUAUCCAUAUAGACGACUAUUCAUUUUACCAAUUCGUAAAUUUUAAUUUUCAGGCUUCGACGACCUUUUCAAGACCGUUGUUGGCCACCUAGUCGAAGAACACUUCGACAACUUCCCCGAAGCUCUCAAGAAAUUAGAAAACAAGGUGAAGCAAAUUGUUGGUCACGUUGUCCGCUCGAUUUUCCAAAGAAACGCUUCCAAAGUUCUGUCUGCAGCUAAAGACUUGGCAAACAACAGCAUGGCUAUCCAACCGGCUGUUGACUAUUUUAUUUCGGAAUAA